AUGGCCGGGUUGGUACAAGCCGGAUAUCUGAUUAGUAGUGUCCUCUGCAUUGGGUCAAUCUCUGGCCUAGCAUCGCAGCAAACUGCCAGACGAGGGAACAUACUUGGAAUUCUGGGUGUAGCGUCCGGAAUACUCGCAUCUCUCGCAGCUGUAGGAUUUUCAUCUGAAGUGUUAGCUCAGUUCGGCGCUGUCGCCGGUGUCGGAUCUGUAGUCGGAGCAUUGAUAGGUCGCCGUAUUACACCUACCGGACUUCCCCAAACAGUUGCGGCAUUGCAUUCCGUCGUUGGAUUGGCAGCGGUGCUCACAAGUAUCGGAAGUGUGCUUACUGAUGUUGCAGACAUUUCAACGCUGCACAUGGUCACAGCAUACCUUGGCGUUCUGAUAGGCGGCGUCACAUUUACCGGGUCCAUUGUAGCGUUCCUGAAGCUAGCAGGCCGCAUGUCAUCAAGGCCUACUAUUCUUCCUGGGCGACAUGUGAUAAACUCCACACUGCUAGGCACCAAUUUGGCCACGAUGAGUGCAUUUAUUUCCAUGGCCCCAGGCUCCCCUGUCAUUGCGGCUACGUGUCUCGGUGCAAACACCGCACUCAGCUUUCUGAAGGGUUACACGACAACCGCUGCCAUUGGCGGGGCAGAUAUGCCUGUUGUCAUCACCGUCCUAAAUGCGUACUCUGGCUUUGCCCUGGUAGCGGAGGGUUUUAUGCUCAACAAUCCGCUUCUGACGAGCAUAGGGUCUUUGAUCGGCGUAAGCGGUUCUAUUCUGUCAUACAUUAUGUGCGUCGCUAUGAAUCGAUCUCUCACCAAUGUGCUUUUCGGUGGGAUUGCAGCUCCCCAAGAAGCAAAGAAAAUCGAGGGUCAAGUUACACAAAUCUCUAUUGAUGACACGGUAGACGCACUUGCAAACGCAGAGAACGUCAUUAUUGUCGUUGGGUAUGGCAUGGCGGUGGCAAAAGCACAGUACGCGAUUUCUGAGAUCACACGUAUGUUACGCGCGAAAGGGGUCAAUGUCCGCUUUGCAAUUCACCCGGUUGCUGGACGAAUGCCUGGACAGUGUAAUGUACUACUCGCGGAGGCCUCGGUGCCCUACGACAUUGUGCUCGAAAUGGACGAAAUCAAUGACGAUUUUGCCAAAACGGACGUCACUCUUGUCAUUGGUGCAAAUGAUACAGUCAAUCCCAUUGCAUUGGAGCCCGACUCCCCAAUCUCGGGUAUGCCUGUGUUGCACGCGUGGAAGAGCAAGGAAGUGAUUGUGAUGAAGCGAGGCAUGUCUAGUGGAUAUGCUGAUGUGCCCAACCCGAUGUUCUACAUGCCUGGCACAAGGAUGCUUUUCGGGGAUGCGAAGAGCUCAUGUGACGCUAUCAAAGCCAACCUUGAAGCUCGUAAAUAG